AUGGGGAAAACUACCGAGGCAAAACCUCACCCGGUGAAUUUAAGAAACGUUGCAAGCAUCUUCGAAAAAACAUACCCGGCUGACAGGUACCUUGUUAAGCCACUUACUUAUGUGCCACAACAAGCUGAUUAUGUUUGGCGAAUAAUUUUGAUGGUUGGAGCCAUCCCUGCCGCCCUUACAUACUACUGGCGUAUGAAAAUGCCCGAGACAGCUCAUUAUACAGCCUUGGUUGCCAGGAAUGCAAAACAGGCCGCAGCAGACAUGUCUAAGGUACUACAAGUAGAGCUCGAACCAGAAAAGGACAAGAUAGAGAUGGGAACUCAGGAUUCCUAUGGCUUAUUCUCGAGCGAAUUUGCGAAACGGCAUGGGCUUCACUUGGUUGGAACUGCUAUGUGUUGGUGCUUGGUGGACGUUGGUUAUUAUAGUCAAAACCUUUUCCAGAAGAAUGUCCUCUCCUUAGUUGGUUGGCUUCCUCCAUCAAAAAAUAUGAGCGCUAUUGAAGAGGUUUUCAAGAUUUCAAAGGCACAAACGCUAAUAGCACUGUGCGGUACUGUGCCGGGGUAUUGGUUUACGAAUUUUUCCCAACACUUCAUUGAUCAUAUAGGACGGUUUGCAAUCCAAUUGAUGGGGUUCUCCUUCAUGUCUAUCUUCAUGUUUGCACUUGCUAUUCCUUGUACUCACUGGACAAAUACGAAAAAUAAGAUUGGGUUCGUGGUGUUGUAUGCAUUCACCUUUUUCUUUUCCAACUUUGGACCAAAUACUACAACAUUUAUUGUGCCGGCGGAAAUCUUCCCCGCAAAGCUAAGGUCUACUUGUCAUGGAAUAUCGGCUGCAACUGGGAAGAUUCGAGCAAUUGCUGGUUCAUUGGGGUUCUCAUAUGCUUCUGAAAGCAAAAACAAAACUUCAGAUGAUGCAGGGUACCCAGCUGGUAUUGGAAUGCAAAAUACACUUCUUAUACUCGCAGGGAUCAAUGUAGCAGGUGUAUUUUUUACCUUAUUGGUGCCUGAAUCCAAAGGGAAAUCGCUUGAGGAGUUGACAGGGGAGAUCGAUGAAGAUAGGGAAGAGACCAUUACUGCGUAA